CGGCAUUUACUUUCAGAUUGUCACUUGAUUCCGAUGCUAUGAGUGAGGCGCGGUAGAAAGCUAACCGGUCUAUCACAGAAUCAGAUGCUAACGAUUUACACUCACGGAUUUCAUUUGAAAACAUUUAUCUGCAGUAUAAUUCUGAUUACAAUAUUACAUUCUUACCUUUAGCUGUGAUUGAGCAUCGUGUCGUCGGCCUGUUUUAUGUUCAGUGGCCUAUUAAUUCAACACCGGCAACAUCUUAACAUGCAUCGGCUUCACAACGUUGAAUUUCGGUCGUUAGUCGCAGGUGCUGUUAAUCAGUCGUCCGUUCUUUUACGGUCAAAGUCACUGGAAUCAUCAGGUAUAAUCAACUUGAUUCGAUUGAUAACUCAGGGGCCGGUAGAGCAGUAUGGUUUGAAGCGAUUCAGCACAGCUGAGGCUACCGUGGAAGCACGACACAGUGGCAAGAUUCGGGAGAAGACCUUGACUAUGGAGACCCUGAACCCGCAGGUGAAAGCGGUGGAGUACGCUGUGAGAGGACCCAUUGUCAUCAAGGCUUGGGACAUCGAGAGAGGUUUACAGCAGGGUGUGAAGCAACCCUUCCAGGAAGUCAUCAAGGCAAAUAUUGGAGAUGCACACGCCAUGGGUCAGAAACCAAUCACCUUCCUCCGCCAGGUGGUGGCUCUCUGUUCCUUCCCUGAGCUGCUGGACAGCCCCAGCUUCCCAGAGGACGCCAAGCAACGCGCCAGACGCAUCCUGCAGGGCUGUGGGGGACAGAGCCUUGGGUCCUACACAGCCAGCCAGGGGGUGGACUGCAUCCGCCAGGACAUUGCUGCCUACAUCGAGCAGAGGGACCAGGGGGUCCCGGCCAACUGGGAGAACAUCUACCUCACCACGGGGGCCAGUGACGGCAUUGUGAGCAUCCUGAAGAUGCUGGUGUCUGGCCAGGGCCGGUCCCGUACUGGUGUGAUGAUCCCCAUCCCCCAGUACCCCCUGUACUCUGCAGCCCUUACAGAGAUGGAGGCCGUCCAGGUGAACUACUACCUCGACGAGGCCAACUGCUGGGCUCUGGACAUCAACGAGCUGCACAGGGCCUACAAGGCUGCCAAGAAGCACUGCCAGCCCAGGGUCAUCUGUAUCAUCAAUCCCGGCAACCCCACCGGCCAGGUCCAGAGUAAGAAGUGCAUAGAGGAGGUCCUGCACUUUGCCUACGAGGAGAAUCUGUUUGUCAUGUCUGAUGAGGUGUAUCAGGACAACGUGUACUCUCCAGACCAUCAGUUCCACUCCUUUAAGAAGGUGCUAUAUGAGAUGGGCCCAGAGUACUACAACAGUGUGGAACUGGCCUCCUUCCACUCCACCUCCAAGGGCUACACUGGGGAGUGUGGUUUCCGAGGGGGUUAUAUGGAGGUGAUGAAUCUGGAUCCGGAGGUCAGGGCCCAACUGGUGAAGCUGCUGUCUGUGCGUCUGUGUCCUCCAGUCUCUGGACAGGCAGCCAUGGACGUCAUCGUCAACCCCCCACGCCCAGAAGAACCCUCCUACCUCCGCUUCCUCAAGGAGAAGAGUGCAGUGCUGGGGGUCCUGGCUGAGAAGGCCAAGAUGACGGAGCAGAUCCUGAACUCGGUCCCGGGGAUCCAGUGUAAUCCGGUCCAGGGAGCCAUGUACGCCUUCCCUCAGAUCUUCAUCCCCCCGCGUGCCGUGGACGAGGCCAAGAAUCGGGGGAUGCCAGCUGACAUGCUGUACUGUCUGAGACUGCUAGAGACGACAGGCAUCUGUGUCGUACCAGGAAGUGGUUUCGGACAGAGAGAAGGGACCUAUCACUUCAGGAUGACCAUCCUGCCCAGCACUGAGAAGCUCAAGAUUCUCCUGGAGAAGGUACGAGAGUUCCAUAUCAAGUUCCUCAAGGAGUACUCAACAUCACAGGAUGACCCUCAGAGAUAAAUGCGCUGAGGAGAACCACAGCGGAACCUGCUAGAACCCUCGAGUAGAACCCUAACUUGCCAAUGCUCAGCACUAACACCAAGUCAGCUUGACAUAAUUAGUUGUGUGGAGUGAAAACGAUUACAACCGUUUAUUUCCUAUUCUGAAUCUGUUUGCUUGAAGAUUAAUCUGUUUGGAGGACCUUAUGUUACAGAUGCUGUGCCUUUUAUGUCUGAUUUGUGGUCAAACAUUAAGGACAAACUACUGUCUUGAGAUGUCAACGACAAGACAACACAAUGUUGUUGUUCACUAAAAGCUGCUUUCCUAAACGAGGACUAACCCAAAUUAUUGUUAGUAUUAUUAUUACCAUUAUAUUACUUGGAUAUUUUUACAAUUACAUAUCUGUCAACCUCAAGGCUUGUCUCAUCUCCCGCUAAUCAGAGUGUCAUGUUGGAAAAGUAACAACACAGCCACAGUGAGUACAAAUAUGACCCAAGAUCCGGCCAACUGCUGACCCCUCCCACUCCCUUUGUCAAACAGAAGUGGGAAACAAGAGAUGGUUUAUGCAGAAGGCCAGGGACGACCCUCUGAGACCCCUGACCUUGCUCAGGGCCAAAAUAAUAACCACUUGGAACAUAAUGUUCUUUCCAGUCUCAGAACAGCAUCUCUCUGUCGGGCCUUAGAAGGUCUGGGUGGUAUGUGGUCUGGUAUAGUGUCCACAACACCAGGUCUGUGGGCUACCCGAUGCAGGGACCACAACUCAAUGUCUCUGUGAGUCCUGUGAUUUCAAAUCUGCGGGUGGAACGAGUCUAAACUUGAUAUGAACUGGUGUUACUUUUAACUGUGUCUCGCUGGCAUCUGUUCAUUAUUUACAUGACUGGAUCCCCAGGAUUCACCCCUGGUAGUUUACAGUUCUAUAAGACACAAGAAGGUUCUAGAAUACUCAAGAUGAGGUUCUAGAACACGCAAGGUGGGGUUCUUUAAGAUUCUCUGGGUUUCUAGACCUACAGUAUUACGUCAUAAUGUGCAUAUUGUUCCUGAAGUUUGUUUACACUCCAAACUAAUGGUGAUUUGAACUGGCCAUCUUCUUUGUGAUUAUGUGCACUUGAGAAAGGGAAGACCCGUCUAGCAGGUAGCCUAGCUGCAAGACAAUGUCCUGGCUGAUAUCCCUCACUUUAAAGGCAGUGGUGAAAUGGUUUCCUUAUUCAUUCAUUUAGCGGCCUGUGGUCCUGCAGCAUAAGCCUUUAACAAAUGUUUGUUGAAUAUUGAAGUCGAAUUUUCAUCUGAUCCACAAACCUAAGCUUAACCUGAUUCUGCUUUCUUGGUGCAAUCAAAUCUUUUGACUCUUGACGCACACAUACGUUUUUUAAGUUCUUCUCUUGUAGUACAGGAAUGUAUACUACUAAUACAGUAUUUGCGAUGGUACAUGCUAAUGCCACACAUUAAUGUAGAAAAAUCAGUCUUGCAUAUUCUCCAAUACAAUUGAAUAGAGGUGCUUUAUUUUGUGUAAAAUCAUACGCAUUCAUAUUGUAUCUAUUUUUGUAUGCAGUUCAUCAUACUGACACUGAAGAGGGUGCAGAGUUAUGUAUACAUUGGCAUUUUUAGAGCAUUAAUCAAUUCUAAUUUAAGAAAAUAUAGUUUUUGACCAUUCAACAAAGACAAGUUGCCUUUAUUGGCAUCAAUCUAUCUCUUUACUUUGGAGAAAUACUUGAAUGUGUUGUACAUAUGUAUUGCUUGCAGUAUCUCUUUGUAUUGAAUAUGUAUGUUUUGAUUUUGUAUGCCUGGUUUCUACUAUAUCAUAUGUAUCUGUUAUGAACUGAGGAAAGACACUGACAAGUGGGGGUUUGUGUUGGUGAUGAAUAUGAGUUAAUUAGCCUUUUUAAACCGAGCUACUGACUACAACUUUCUCUAGACUUUGACUAUAACUUUUUAAUAUGUAGUCUUAGAUACAAUUAACAUUUGAACAUUUUGUUGAUGUAACUUUUAUUAGUUUUUUUUCUAUAAAUAAAAACAAGUUUGCGGUC